AUGCCUACCCUCCUUAUUAUCAUUGUGGUGUUCAUCUCUAACUCAUGCGCAACAUCUGCUUUAAACAACUUCACUCCAAAAGAUAAUUUCCUGAUAGAUUGCGGUGCUGAAAAAGUAGCAACCCUCCCUGAUGGAAGAAGAUUCAAAUCAGAAUCUGAAUCAAGCUCCUUCUUGCAAGCCACUGAUGACACCAAAGUCUCAUCCAACGAACCAAUUCCCAAACUACCCUCCCCAAUCUACUCAAACGCCAGGGUCUUCAUUCAUCAGGCUACAUAUUCAUUCCCUCUAAGCCAUCCUGGUUUUCAUUGGCUUCGCCUUCAUUUCUACCCAAUCAAGAACACUAUCUUUGAACUUCACAAGGCUACCUUCUCUGUGAACACAGAUAAGUAUGUUUUGCUUCAUAGCUUCAACGUCAACAAUGACACCACCAUUGUCAAGGAGUUCCUCAUCAAUGCCACAGAGCCUCACUUGUCCAUAUUCUUCAUUCCAACCAAGGACUCCGCAGCAUUUAUCAAUGCCAUUGAGCUUGUUUCAGCUCCUGAUAACCUCAUAUUCGACACCGCCACAUCGCUUUUUCCCGUUGGAGACUUUUCGGGCUUGAGCAACUACGCUUUCCAAACGGCUCAUCGCAUCAACAAUGGUGGUCCUUUAAUAACUUCAUCAAAUGACACACUGGGAAGAACAUGGGUAUCUGAUUUUGAUGCACCUUACCUCACAAACAAGAAUUCGGCAAAGAGUGUUUCUGUGGCUACCACUGCCAUUAAGUUCCCUUCCAAUACACCAACCAUUUCUCCUCUCAUCGCACCGCAAACAGUUUAUGCUUCUGCCAUGGAGAUGGGUGAUGCUGGUGUUAACGAGCCUAAUUUCAAUGUCUCGUGGAAAUUUGAUGUGGACACCGCUUUUGAUUACCUUGUAAGACUGCAUUUCUGUGAUAUCGUGAGCAAAGGGCUAAAUGAACUCUAUUUUAAUGUAUAUGUCAAUGGAAAAAUGGCAGUUCCCAAUUUGGAUUUGUCAGCUAUUACUGGAGCUUUGGCAACACCUUAUUACAAAGACAUUGUGGUUAAUGCUUCUUUGAUGUCUGAGGGGCUAAUGGUUCAGGUUGGUCCUGCAAAUGCUGAGGGUGGGAAUGGCAAUGCAAUUAUGAAUGGAAUUGAGGUCUUGAAGAUAAGCAAUUCCGUGGACAGUUUGGAUGGUGAAUUUGGUGUUGAUGGAAGAAAAGCCGGUGGUUCAAACCGCGGUGCGGUGGCAGCGGUUGGUUUUGCAAUGAUGUUUGGAGCCUUUGUAGGUCUUGGUGCGAUGGUGAUGAAGUGGCAAAAGAGGCCGCCGGAUUGGCAAAAAAGGAAUAGUUUCUCUUCAUGGUUGCUCCCUUUGCAUGCUGGUGACGCAAGCUUCUUAAGUAGCAAGAACUCAUUGGGGUCUAACAAGAGCAAUUUCUACUCCUCAACCAUGGGACUAGGCAGGUUUUUCUCGUUUGCAGAGUUGCAAGAUGCUACCAAGAGCUUUGACUCCAAUAAUAUUAUAGGUGUCGGAGGAUUUGGUAAUGUGUAUUUAGGUGUGAUUGAUGAAGGGACUAAAGUUGCUGUUAAGAGAGGGAAUCCACAAUCAGAACAAGGCAUCAACGAAUUCCAAACUGAAAUUCAAAUGCUGUCUAAGCUAAGACAUAGACAUUUGGUUUCGUUGAUUGGAUACUGCGAUGAAAACAAUGAGAUGAUUCUUGUUUAUGAAUACAUGCCUAAUGGACAUUUCAGGGAGCAUCUUUAUGGGAAGAAUUUGCCUCCUCUUUCUUGGAAGCAGAGAUUAGAGAUCUGCAUCGGAGCGGCCCGCGGCCUUCACUACCUCCACACAGGCACAACACAAGGUAUCAUCCACCGUGAUGUUAAGACCACCAACAUUCUCCUUGAUGAGAAUUUCACGGCCAAGGUUUCCGAUUUCGGCCUCUCCAAAGAUGCUCCUAUGGGCCAAGGCCAUGUUAGCACUGCCGUCAAGGGUAGCUUUGGAUAUCUUGAUCCUGAGUAUUUCAGGAGGCAACAAUUGACUGAAAAAUCCGAUGUGUAUUCAUUUGGGGUGGUGUUGCUUGAGGCGUUAUGCGCGAGGGCCGCCAUUAAUCCUCAGUUGCCUAGAGAACAAGUAAACUUGGCUGAUUGGGCAAUGCAGUGGAAGAGAAAGGGGAUGCUUGAGAAAAUUGUGGAUCCUCAUCUUAUUGGUUCUUUGAACGCUGAAUCCAUGAAGAAAUUUGCAGAGGCUGCUGAGAAGUGCUUGGCUGAUCAUGGUGUUGAUAGGCCUACAAUGGGCGAUGUGUUGUGGAAUUUGGAGUAUGCAUUGCAGCUUCAAGAUGCUUUCACGCAAGGAAAGGUUGAAGACCUCAGCAACUCCUCUGCUUCUGUUCCUACCCCUCCUACUCUACCUAAUCAUACUUCCAUUUCCAACCCCGCCUCGGUUGAUGAUAAUAAUGCCGCUAGUGAACUUCCUCAUCAAGAAGUAAAUAACAAUAAUGGAUCAACCCAAGUACCGGCUACUGAAGAUUAUUCUGGGACAAUGUUUUCCCAAGUUAACAAUCUUAGUGGUAGAUGA